GGCAUCCAGAUUCGCCGAAUUUCGAAUCUUCCCUUUUAUCCAAGAAAUCAGCUACAUGCUUCCCCACCGUAACUAUAUCGAAACCCCCACGCGGCACCAUAAAUACUUGAUUUUCAUACUACAACCAAUUAAAUCAUUUCAUAAAUUUUCUUAUGUGGAGCGCGAAACAUCGAAACCCAACCUAAAUAGCACAAAAUGUAUUUUUCACCAAAUAUCCAUUAAAACAAAACAAAGCUGUUUCGUUUCAAUUUUCGUCUCCCUCCAUACUCGUCCUCCUAUACAUACAAUCUAUACAUACAAAAGAUCGUACUUCCAAAAAUCGUUCAGUUUAUGCAUCUCUAGCUGCGAUUUUUGGCACUGGUUUUUCUUUCAGUUUGGGUUUUCCUCUCUUGUUUUUACCUCUUCUUUGAGGAAAUGGAAAUGGUGGCAGCGGUGGAGAAUUCGAGCUUUUUGAUGGUUUACUGCUAUUCUAUUGGUGGAGGAAUGGUUGCCGGAAAACGAAUAGCUCGACGGUUUGCCAAAACUUUUAUAAUACCUACGGUCUCGCCUUGUUGUAAAUUUAGGGUUUUCUGAAUUUUAAAUUAGGGUUUCGUUAAUUUUUCUUUUCAACUUUCUGAUUUACUGUGGUUGGAGCUGGAAAUCAGAAAUUUGAACUUGUUAGCGUCUAACUUUGGUCAAUUUCUUGUCGUUCAAGGGUAUUAUUUUUAAAAUUGUUGUGAAUGAAUUUCCUAUUUCAGCUUAUGAGUGGAAUUUGAGAAUCCUGUGUUCUUCUUUUGAGAAUUCCGUGUUUGAAAUUAUCACUUUUGUGAUUAAUCGAUCUGGAAUUUGAAAAAAAACCAUCUGUCACUCUGUGUGUCUUUGAGUUUAGUUUUUCAUUUCGUUAGGUUCGUGGUAACAAACUUGCACAUAAGAUUUUAAAUGGCAGGGAAGGGGGAAUUAGGGUUUCCGAAGACGGGUAUUUGUAAUCUGAAAGAGCAGUUGGUCAGGACAACUCUGCGUAAUGUGAGAUCACAGGGGCACCCGUAUGUUGAGCUUAGGGAAGAUGGGAAGAAGUUGAUAUUCUUCUGUACUUUGUGUCUUGCCCCUUGCUAUAGUGAUUCCAUCUUGUUUAAUCACUUGAAGGGCAAUCUACACACUGCAAGACUAGCCACAGCACAAGUUACAUUGCUGAAGCCAAAUCCAUGGCCAUUCGGUGAUGGCGUGUUUUUCUUCAAUGGUGAUUCAGAGGAACAAAAGGGUGUUUUGAAUGUUCCAGAAUCCAAGCAAAAGAAAUUGCUAGACACCCAUCAUGCUGAUGUAGACAGCCUUGCUAUUGUUACUUAUGAGGAAAAUACGGCCGGUACUCACGUUUUGGAAGAGGUUCAGGGUCACACUGGUUCUAAUGAAUCUCUCUGUGAUUCAAAUCCCGAAGCUGAAGGAGAUAGUCAUGAACUAGUUAUUCCAGCUGUGCUGCAAAAAGACGAGGUAUCUGAUUUGGUGGUGAGGCGUAUGGGAGUUGGACUAAUUGGUGCUAGGUUAAGUGAGAAAGAUGGAGCCUCCAAUGAAAUUCGUAGAAUAUGGUGUGAAUGGCUUGGGAAAAAGGGUUUCACGAACGAGGAUGCUAACACGGUUCCAGAGCAUGACUUUGCUGUUGUUACUUUUGCUUAUAACUAUAACUUGGGUCGAAAGGAUUUAUUUGAUGGUUUCAGAUAUUUGCUGCCUUCGAGUCCUCAUUCAGAAGCAGAGGACGGUGGCUGUUCUAAAGGCAAGAAAAGGAAGUCGUUUUCUGAUCCAGAGGAUAUAAGUGAGGCAUUGAGUAAUCAAUACGACUCCUCUGGAGAAGAAUCUCAAUCUUCAAAUAAUCUAAGUUCGAAAAUGCGAUUGUCUGGGAAUGAUGAUCAGCUGGUGCAUUGUCGAAUUCUUUCGAGCAAAACGAUGAGGAAACAAUUGAGAGACCAACAGCGUGUUGCCUCUGAGAGGUCGUGUGAUAUCUGCCAACAGAAGAUGCUCCCAAGUAAAGAUGUGGCUGCUCUCUUCAACAGGAGAACUGGAAAGCUUGCUUGCAGCAGUAGAAAUUUGACUGGGGCGUUCCAUCUGUUUCAUGUGUCCUGUCUCAUUCAUUGGAUACUGCUUUGUGAGGUUGAAAACUGUGGAAAACAGUCAGUUGAAACCAAAGGAAAACGAAAAUCCAGGAGAAAGGUUAAAGGCAAGGCUGGACAAAAUCAGGAGAAGCAAAUAUACUCUACAUUCUGUCCUGAAUGCCAGGGAACUGGUAUAAGAAUCGAUGGGGAAGAAGAGCUUGAGAAACCAACCGUUCCGCUUUCUGAGAUAUUCAGGUGUAAGAUCAAACUAUGUGAUGCUCAUAAAGCAUGGAUGAAGAGUCCCGAAGUGUUGGACAAUUGCUCAAUGGGCUUUAAUUUCCCUCCUCAUUCCGAUGAAAUGUAUCAGGAAAAGGUGGUAUCUCUGAAAUUGCUAUACUUCUAUCGUGCCUGUGAUUAGGCCUGGUUUCUCAGAUGGAAGUUGGGUUUAUCAAGUGACAAUGUUGAUUAACUCGUAUAAAGCGGCUGGCUAUGUUUGGAUGUACUUAGUGUAGGCCUAUAUACUUAUACAAGACGUUUUCUUUUUGUGCCUCUGGAUUGGCAGGUGCAUAUACCAGUCAGUGGGUUUCCGUAAAUUUGGUUUUUAUGUAAUUAAACUGCGUUCCGUGAUUAGGUGUUUUCUGUUUGUCGAUGACCUCGUUUUCUUGAAAUGAAUAUCUCCAUAAGUACAAGUCUACAUUUCAGCGUUGGUA